AUGGUGCUGAAACCGGAAGAGGAUAAGCCUCCAACCCCACCACCCCCUCGACCCCCACCACCCCCUCCACCAAAGGCGAGUGAGAAACGUGGCCUGAGCGCCCCUUCUUUUUCCCAUCUCCCUCCGCCCCAGCCCAAAAAGAAGCCCCCUGAUGCAGAGAAGAAAGCCAUAAAGAUCCAGUCCUGGUGGCGGGGCACCCUGGUGCGCCGGACGCUGCUGCACGCGGCGCUCAGAGCCGCCAUCAUUCAGCGCUGGUGGAGGCAGGUGCUCGCCAAGCAGCUGGAGCGGCGGCGGGGGGCGUUGCUCGACGCCUACGUGCGCAGGGAGUGGGCGGCCGUCAGGCUGCAGGCCUGGGUGCGCAUGUGGCGCGUGCGCCUCCGCUACUGCCGCCUGCUCCACGCGGCCCGCAUCAUCCAGGCGUACUGGCGCUGGCACAACUGCCAUGCCAAUGGCGUUUUGCGGGGGAGAUACAAACUCACAGCAAACCAGCUCGGGCUUGAACUUGAGAUCUUUCUGGGAUCACAGAUUUGUCGGAUUACAGACUGCAUCCCAUUCCCAAUAAAGAACUGA